CGAAAAAAAAAAAGUUUCAAAGCGACGACGUUUUCACUGGUUCAUCGUCUUCGUUCUCGUGCACUAAGAUCAACAGCGAAACCAAAAAAAAAAAAAAAAAAAAAAAAGAUUAGCAAGCAUUGGCAGCGAGUUUUAGUUUAGUAAUGGAGGACAGUACGAAGAGAAAGAGAGAAAUGGAAACCAAGCUUAUCGGAAAGGUCAGCGAAGUAAUCUCAGCUAUAAAGAGCGCCAAGCACGUAGACGAAGUCGUUUGCGCACUUCACUCUCUCGCUCUCCUUCUCUUCCCUCUCGAUUCCUCGCUCCUUUCAGGUAGUGUUGAUCAGCGGUAUAAAGAGCAGGUCCUAAGUGCUAAGGUACCUUCAGAAGAAAAGAGGAGGGAGUGGUGGCAAGCGUUCUAUCAAGGAGCUGCAUUUCCAACAUUGGCUCAGUUUCUGUUACUUGAUCUUGCUUCCAAUUGGCUAGCUUGUUUCCCCCUUUCAGCGCGGAUACAUGUCUAUGAUGUUUUCUUUGUUGAUGGACUUGCCACUGAGGUUGUUCAGACCUUGGUUCCUUGUCUACGGCAGAAUGCAACUGAUGACCAUGAUGUUAAUUCUGUCCACUCCAAUACUGAAAGAUUACUUGUACUCUGCUUGCUGGAAAAUGAUGGGGUGCUUCAUAUGGCUAGAGAAUUUUGGCAGUCCAAAAAUUCUUUGAGUGAACGUUUAAUGCCAGUUGUAUCUAGGGUGGCGCAGAUAAUUGCAUCUAUUCCUGACAAAGCAAGAUUGGGAGCCCCAACUUCACUCUCAUCACAUUCGUUCUUCAAGCAAAUUACCAUUCAACUUCUUUCAUUAGCAGAAGAAAAGGAUGAGAAACUAUUUGAUAAUGGGACUCUCUGCAACAGAAGCGACAUGGGUGAUGCCUUGUUAUUUGUUGGGGAAACAUUUUCUCGUAUUUGUCGACGUGGAUCUUCUGACGUGAUUUCAAGUGAAAUAACUCCACGGGUUCUCAGGCAUGUUCGGAGCCUUCUGUCAUCAAAUAUUGAUUCAUCUGUAGCUGAUGUAUUUGAGUCAGACCUUGGUUCCCGGUUUUGGUUGAAGAUGAUUGAAGCAAUCAAAGAUCCUUAUGCUGUGGAAAGAUUGUCUGAGCAGCUUUUGCAUUAUUUAGCUAUUGAACAUGCAAGUGAUGUUGAAGCUUACUGGUUUUUUUGGCUAUUAUUUCAUCAGACUUUUAAAAAUCAGACAUCAGUGAGGUCCAUGUUUGUUGACAAAUUUUUACACUGGAAAAUAUUUCCUAUCUGUUGCCUGCGAUGGAUCCUUCAAUUUUCUGUUCUUGAAUGCCCACCUGAUGCUACUUCACUCACAAAAGGUCAUAAUAUCCGUGGUCUCUUAGACACUGUGCAGCGUCUGCUAGCAGUGUGGUCUAAAAAGGAAUAUGUGCAAUCAGCCCCAAUGGAGCAGCAAACUUAUUUAUCUGCAGCUGUAGGCCUUUGCCUGGAGAAGAUGUCUAAAAAGGACCUAGAUGAGACUAAAGAUGUGAUGCAUUUGAUUCUUCAAGGAGUCAGCUGUAGGUUGGAGAGCCCUAAUAAUUUAGUUCGGAAAAUGGCUAGCAGUGUUGCUUUAGCAUUCUCUAAAGUAAUUGACCCAGAAAAUCCACUAUACCUUGAUGAUAGCUGUACUGGUGACAUUAUUGACUGGGAGUUUGGGAUGCCUACCCUUGAAAAAAGGAAUCUGGAUACCUCAAAUUGCAAGCAAAAGGAUGGUCAUGAAAGUAAAACAUCUAGCUCUGCACAGGAAAAAGACUUCAAAUAUACCACCAAGAAUGUGAUAAGCAACAAUCUAAAGAGAAAAAACAAGAAAUUAUCUGAAUUCAAGUUUGUCGAUCCAGACGAGAUCAUUGAUCCAGCAACACUAAAUAAUGAAUCAGUCUCUGAUAAAGAUGAUGAUGAUAAUGCAAGUGAGAAUUCUGAUUCCUCGGGUGACUCAUCUUUACAGCCUUAUGACUUAUCAGAUGAUGACACAGAUUUGAAAAAAAAAAUUUCACAGUUGGUUGAUGUAGUUGGGGCACUACGGAAAUCUGAUGAUGCUGAUGGGGUGGAGAGGGCACUUGAUGUUGCUGAAAAACUUGUGCGAGCAUCACCUGAUGAGCUUAGCCAUUUAGCUGGUGAUCUUGCUAGAACUCUGGUGCAGGUUCGUUGCUCUGACUUAGCUGUAGAAGGUGAGGAGGACUCAGCCGAAGACAAGAGGCAAAGAGCAUUGGUUGCCUUGCUUGUCACAUGUCCUCUAGAAUCUCUGGAUACUCUAAACAAACUACUAUAUUCGUCAAAUGUUGAUGUCAGCCAACGCAUUAUGAUACUUGACGUCAUGACAGAUGCAGCUCAGGAGCUUGCUAAUUCUAAAACUAUAAAACCUAAAUAUCAAACAGGGCCCCUCAUAUCAAGCAUUUCAGAGAGUCAACCGUGGUUCUUACCUAAUAGCAGAGGGCCUGCUGGAGCUAGUUCUUGGAAGGAGAUCUCAGAAACUGAAACUUUGCUGAACUGGUCUACUCGUUAUGAGAGGGAACUUCCCUCAAAACCUGGUCAGAUCAGGAGAGGGAAGACACGCCGGUGGAGCCUAAGAUCAUCAAACAAACAAGAAAGCCAGAUAGAAUGGUCUCAUAAUAAGUUUCCCGUGUAUGCAGCUGCCUUUAUGCUUCCUGCCAUGCAGGGUUUUGAUAAGAAAAGACAUGGUGUUGACUUGCUAGGUAGAGAUUUUAUUGUCCUGGGGAAACUCAUCCAUAUGCUUGGUGUUUGUAUGAAAUGUGCAAGCAUGCACCCAGAAGCAUCUUCAUUGGCUCCCCUUCUUCUCGAUUUGUUAAGAUCUAGGGAGGUAUGCCAUCACAAGGAAGCAUAUGUCAGAAGAGCUGUUCUUUUUGCUGCCUCAUGCAUAUUGGUGGCACUUCAUCCUUCUAAUGUAGCAUCUUCCUUGGUUGAAGGAAAUCUUGAACUUUCUAUUGGGCUUGAAUGGGUGCGUACGUUUGCCCUUCAAGUGAUUGAGUCAGACACAGAUAGAGAGUGCUAUACGAUGGCUAUGACAUGUCUCCAACUCCAUUCUGAGAUGGCCCUACAAGCUACCCGAGCACUAGAAUCAGCGGAAACUACAUUCAAGGCAAAGGGUGUUGGUCUCCCUUCCAAUCUCUCCAAGGGGACAAUUAAAAUCCCUCAUUCAAUUGUGGAAUUUUAAUUUUGUUAAUCUUUUCUUACAUUGUAAGGUUUUUUGUACGGUCCCAAGCUGUUAAUUCUAGGCUCGUGAUAUGUAGGCUUUGUUUGAACAUAUAUUUUUCUUAAAUUUGUAUGAUUGUUAAAUAUAUUGACAUUAAAGUUAUGUGAAUUAUUUAUCGCAAAAAUUAAAUUUUCUUAAUUAA